GUUGCAACCCGAGGCUCUAGAAUUAGGUUGUUUUUUUUUUUUCAGGCGUAUUCACUGUUUCUGAGCUGCUUUCUGAAUUUCUGCCAUCAUCUACGCACAGGUUUUAUUCUGAAAGCCUUGACCGGAUGUUUCAUCGCAGUAAUACCGCUGUCUUGACACUUCAGUCUGUCACAAGUGAGUGAAAGCUCAGGGGCCGUGGCGAUUUGAAAGCAGUACCAUCCGCAUACCAUAGGGCCUGACCUGCUGCUCAGUGCCCAAAUAAUCUCUGGUCCACAUCCCAUCUUCUGUCAGUUUGGGAAAUCAAAGACUGUGUGGAUGACUGCAAAGCGCUUCCCCAUCUGAGAGACUCCAGAGGACGCGAAUCUUCAAGUGUACAUUUAUGGAAUAAAAGCAGCUCUCCCAACCGUCAUGUCGACGAAAUCAGAUGGAAAGAAGAAGUGGGCGGCAGUCAGGGGUCGGCUGGGCUCCUCGCAGGACUCCGAUACCCAGCAGGAAGCCAAUCUGGAGAGCGCUGAUCCAGAGCUGUGCAUCAGACUGCUGCAAGUUCCCACCGUGGUCAACUACUCUGGGCUGAAACGUCGGCUAGAAGGCAGCGACCAGACAUGGAUGGUCCAGUUCCUGGAGUUAAGUGGGCUGGAUCUCCUCCUGGAGGCUCUAGACCGGCUCUCUGGACGAGGAUGCUCUCGCAUAGCGGAUGCCCUUCUACAGCUCACCUGUGUCAGCUGCGUUCGCGCAGUGAUGAACUCAUCAGCAGGGAUCCACUUCAUUAUAGAGAACGAGGGAUACAUUCGGAAGCUCUCCCAAGCUCUGGACACCUCCAACAUCAUGGUGAAGAAGCAGGUGUUUGAGCUCUUUGCAGCCCUCAGCAUGUUUUCUACAGAGGGGCAUUGCCUGGCACUAGAUGCCCUGGACCACUACAAGGGCGUGAAGACGCGGCAGUAUCGCUUCAGCGUGAUCAUGAACGAGCUGCAGGCCACAGACAACGUUCCUUACAUGGUCACUCUCCUCAGUGUCAUCAACGCUCUCAUCUUCGGGACGGACGACCUCAGGCAGAGAGACAGGAUGAGAAAGGAGUUCAUAGGGCUUCAGUUACUUGAUAUUCUGCCAAAGCUAAGGGAGCAGGAGGAUGAGGAUUUGAUAAUUCAAUGUGAAGCUUUUGAAGAGGCGAUGGCUGAAGAUGAAGAGGAGCUGCUGCGAGUGUAUGGGGGCAUAGAUAUGAGUAAUCACCUGGAGGUUUUUACUACACUCUUCAAUAAGGUGAGCAGCUCUCCAGCUUCUCUCCAGCUGCUGUCCAUCCUGCAGACGCUGUUGAUGCUGGGACCGGGCCGCUCUGAUAUCUGGCUGGCUCUGGAGGCCAUCACUAACAGAGCCAUACUGCUGGCCCAGGACUCUCAGAUGGAGUCCUGCGAGAAGAUCAUGCAGCGGCUGAUGUUUUUCAAAGGGAGAGGCUCUGUGGAUCAUCACGAAGUGGACGGCCUGCGAUUGAAGGUGGAUAAGGCUGUUCAGACUGAUCUGGAUCAUCAAGACAAAGACAAGCCAGGCGACGCCACAGCAUCCUCUCAGAAGCCACUGUGUACCUCUCCUCCACCUCCACCCCCACCACCUCCUCUACCCCCUGGUAUGGGCGGACCCCUCCUCCAGUGCCCGCCGCCGCCCCCACCGCCUCCUCCACCCCUACCUGGAGGGCUUGGUGGUCCUCCACCACCUCCUCCUUUGCCUGGAAUGCCUCCACCGCCGCCACCACCACCGCUGCCCUCUGAUCCAGGCAUGCCUCCUCCACCGCCUCCGCCACCCUUACCAGGGAUGGGUGGUGGACCGCCGCCUCCUCCUCCACUGCCCGGCAUGCCACCUCCACCACCUCCUCCCCCAGGCAUGAUAAUAGCUCAGAGUAGUCAGGCCCUGGGGUGCGGCUUCCCACUAAAGGCAAGUCGGUGCCCCACUCUGAGGAUGAAAAAGCUCAACUGGCAGAAGCUUCGUGCUGUCACGGAUGGUCACUCCAUGUGGGCCUCGGUUCAGAAAGAGCCGCCUCCUCGGGAGCCGGACUACAGCAGUAUCGAGCAGCUGUUCUGUCUCCCGGUGACCGAGCACAAAGACAAGGGGGCAGCUGCUCCUGUCAAGAAGGAGCCUAAAGAGAUUACAUUCAUUGAUCCAAAGAAAAACUUGAACGUGAACAUAUUUCUAAAGCAGUUCAAAUGCACAAAUGAGGAUUUUGUAGCCAUGAUCCAGAAUGGGGACCGGAGUAGGUUCGAUGUAGAAGUGCUAAAACAGCUUCUUAAGCUUCUACCGGAGAAGCAUGAGAUCGAGAAUUUGAAGUCCUUCCAAGGAGAAAGAGACAAGCUGGCGAAUGUUGAUCGUUUCUACACCGCCCUCCUCACUGUGCCAUGUUAUCAGUUGAGAAUUGAGUGCAUGUUGUUGUGCGAGGAGACAGCAUCAGUGUUGGAGAUGCUCAAACCUAAAGUCAAGCUGGUGGAGGAGGCCUGCCAGUCUCUGAGAAUGAGCCCACUCAUGCCCAGUUUCUGCCGGCUCAUCCUUGACGUGGGAAAUUUUCUCAACUACGGAAGUCACACAGGGAACGCCGAAGGCUUUAAGAUCAGCUCUCUGCUCAAAUUAACGGAGACCAAGGCCAACAAGAGCCGCAUUACGCUGCUUCAUCACAUCCUGGAGGAAGCAGAGGCGAACCACCCGGAGCUGUUGGCGCUGCCGGAUGAUAUCGAGAUAUGUGAAAAAGCAGCAGGAGUUAAUCUGGACUCUGUUCAGUCAGAAGCCAGUGCCUUACUGAAGCGACUGAAUGAAACGACAAAGAAAGUCUCCAACUCUGUGGAGGAGGUAAAAGAGCAAUAUGCCAAAGUACUUGAGGAAAAUCGAGAAGCAUGUCAAGUUUUAAGUGAAAGAUUCACUGACAUUGACAAGAAGAAGAGUGAACUGGCUGUCUACUUAUGUGAAGACACUAAUAAGCUGUCACUUGAGGAACUCUUUGGAACCAUCAGGACUUUCCGAGGACUUUUCAUCAAGGCUCUCAAGGAAAAUAAAACCAGGAAAGAGCAAGCAGCCAAGGCUGAGAAGAGAAAGAAGCAACUGGCAGAGGAGGAGUCCAAGAGACAGAAAGGAGAGAAUGGAAAAAUAAUCAAGAAAGGCUUCGUGCCACAGAAUGAUGGCUGCAUCAUCGACCACCUCCUGGCGGAUAUCAGGAGAGGUUUCAGCCUGAGAAAGACCCGGCCAAGGUGCGAUUCGGAAAGCCUACCUUCUAGUGAAAUGCGUAGGGAUCACUGCCCACCUGGAUCAAGUGCGAAGUCUGUAGACGAAGAAGCCGUCGAUACAGCCAAGCACUCCGCUCCCACCAAACCUCAGACAGAGGCUCACCAAGGCAGCCUAGGCGAAGUGAACGGAUUCAUCAGCCCGUCAGAAGAAACUCCACCUCAGCUGAAUGUAGCACAAGACGGAGCGGUUGUAUCUCCCAACCAGCCGCCAGGAGAACCAGCCACGAUGACGCAGCCACCCCUGGAAAGACCUGCAUUGCUACUGGAGGGUCAACACCCAGAGAAGCCUGCAUUAUCAGAUAUGACACAACCCCAGCCUCAGGUUGACGGGGAACACCAACCACAUCUCCCCACAAAUGGCUUUUCAUUAGAUUCAACUGAGACCAGUGUCCUCAGUCCAUCCUCCCUCUCAGAUUCUGACCUGCUGGAGGCUUUGCUAGAUGGCACGUCCAGUCCGGUAACUGAAAAGUUGAUGCCUGAGGAGCCAGCAGACAUUAGUGUAAAUGUUCACAUCAAGGAAAGUCCUUUACCUAAUAUGGACCCUAAUGUGACGCAGAGUAGUGAAAGCAAUACGAUGGGAGAUGGGAAAGGUGAAACUAGUGAUAAAAUAAGCCAUUUACCAGAGACUGCAGGAAAAGAGAAGGCUGCAAGAGCAUCCGGCCAAGACGAAGUGAUGAGUUACAAACAUUCCGACCCUAAAAGCAAUGUGUCUACACGCGGGUACGACGUUCCAGAUGGACUGGAACCGGAAGAUCUGCCAUCAGUGUCUGAAGCAGUGCCUCCUUCCCUUAAGCCCGAACCAAAGAAACAGUUGAGGCUUUUUAAACGAAACAAAAAGAAGAGUACUCAAGGUAAUCUAUCCAUUCACUUAAAUAAAGAUCAUGUUUGGAAUGCUAGUCUCUUGACGUGUCAUAAAGGGAAAUCCUUCUUUGUUGUAUUUUUAUUGCAUUUGACAUUUUAUAUCUUAUAUAUGGGCUAUUUUAGUACAUGUUUCUAAGUAUUUUGCAUGAAUACAUGCAUUUUAUUAAAGAGUGUGAAUGCAGUGUGCAGCGUUUGACUUGCAGAUUUAAUACUGAAUGGAUUUAAAUUUCUGGCCAGUUUGUUUGAAUGAACGCUCUGUUUUCAUUCUGACUCUCUGAAACACAAGGUAACAGUGGAAAAGGACACACUAGGCAUAAAAAAGGCUGUGUGUUGCAGUGAGGUAGGUCAAAUCGAUGGGAUGGCAAACUGUAAGCAGGAAUAUCCUCUUAAUGAACUCAGUCAUCGUCAGAGCUUUGUUUCCAGUAACACGUCAUCUGUUGGUCUAACUGGAAUCUGGAUUUCAUUUGUCUGUGUUGUCUGACUUUAACACUCUUUUUAACCCGCCUCCAAUUGAGUGGUUAUCAGGCUAAAAUGUUGUGUCUUGAGUUUACACUAACGUCCAUGAAACUUGGGGAGAAAGCAAAAACUAAAACAACUUUUUUGUGUGCAAAAUUUAAUCCUCUUCAAAAUAAUUUGACAAUGCAGUGUUCUGAUUUCAAGCAGCCUCGCAGUUUGUGAAGUCACUGUGUAGUCAUUGUGGACCGAGUUAUUUCAUGAAAGCUGUCACUUUUGUGUCUUCUAUUUCCAUAUUUGCUUGUCCAUUCUCUAAAUCUGCAACUGGGACUGUUUGAUCUACUAACACAGUCUCGUGUGCUUCCUGUAAACUGUGCUUUGUUAACCUGACUUUUAUGAAAGAUGCUGUAUGUGAUCUAAAUGCAUUAAAUGCUUUAUUACUAAAACAUAUAACUUUGAACAUUUCAAAGCCAAACAAGCCAACUGAGAACUUUCUCUGCAAGUGCCUUUAAAAUAUUAAAAUAUUUAAUUUAGAUAUAUUUCGAUUCUCUCCAUUCAUUUCAGUAUUUGUUUC